CCAACAUUACCCAUGCACCUUGGACUCGGAAUUACCCAGACAUACUAGUAUAUAGCCGCGGAUUUUAAUUUUAAAUUCAUUAUUGGUUGGAUGCAAGUCCCAACUGGACUUCAAAACAUUGGUACCUUUUCACUGACCCGGGGUUUUCGAGGCAAGAGUUACAGUAUUUUGUUUAAUUCACAGUGCUUGAUCUUUACUGGAACGGAUCAAAACUUCGAAAUGGGCAUCUACACGAUAUUCCUCUACUUGUCACCAAUACUGGCGGUGACCGUUGCCUAUAACAACCCAGGCCCAGGGACCACGCACAACAUUACUGACAUCUUGAUCGGUAGAUGCGAGGAAUACCGGAAGUGCCUCCUGGGGGAGCCAUGUCUCCCGUCCUAUCGUAAUGUCAACUGUCUUGCAGCAGUGGAGUCGUUUUUAGGAGGCAUUCGCAAUGUGGAUCCAUGUUCUACCCCAGACAACGCAUAUGAUGAAUUCUUCAAAAUGGUCCCGCCCACCACAGUUCCUAACACGACAAUGUUUUGGUCGGGUGUUAUCGGCACCAACGUACCACAGGACGUUGCUCAGGUCACCCCUAACUUCAACGUGCUCGAUGAGACAUUCCCGGGUUACAUGACCGGUAACCUAACCUGGUGUGGCGCUACGGACGGUGAUGACACGGGACUUGGACUCAACUUCACUGUCUGUCCUGAAUGGAAAAGUGAAACAUGUCCCAAUAAUACCAAAGUGAUAUUCUGGUCUAAGGCAUCCAAUAUGCUAGCAACGCAAGCUGUUGGUGACGUCUAUGUUGUUUUGAAUGCGCAAAAACCUGGCGGGGCUUUCAGCAAUUAUAGUUUCUUCGCCACGGAAGAAGCACCUAAUCUCAACCCGGACGUAGUCACAAAUGUCACCAUCUAUCUCAUCCCAAACUUCACUCUUCCGAUUCCGAAUGAAAUGUAUGCAGAGACGUGCACCAAUGGAAGCGUUUUGUACUUGCGGAAUUACUUGAUGAACAGGAAUUUUAAUGUGAAAUGUGAGGAGAACCCUAAGGAAAUCAUGUGGCUCCAGUGUGCUCGGUUUGCAGAUAGUCCAUACUGUGGGCCAUACGCCAAAGGUACCCCGGUAGUGGCCGCAUCAAUAGUGGUUAUACUGCUUCAAGUCGUUUUCGCUAUGUCUCUCAGUGGUUGGAAUACAAUAUCUACUACCCUAUAGAGAUUGGGAUGGUUCUUCGCGAAAUCCUAGUUUGCUUGCUUCGAAUAAAAUCAGAAAAUUAUGUUUAAAAGUAAUUAGCGAUUGUUAACGAAAUGGAAACAAAGGAACGGGAAAUUACGAAAUGUUAACAAUCGCUGACAUUAUUUUUUUGAUUCUACAUGUAUUUGUUUUAAAUGAUAGUUUAGAGAGAUUUGUGUAAAUUUAUAGAGACAGUAUAUACAUUAGAAAUCGCUAAUCUGCUAUUGGUCACAAAUAUUGAUAAGAGGGUGAUGUUAUCAAAUGAUUCCUCUUUAGUCGUUAGUGUAUGAGAACUAAUAUUUUUUUUAUUUUUAAAGUUCUAAGAAUAAACUAAAUCAAAUGAAUAGUGUUGUUAAUUCUUGGUUUCAUGUUGUAAACAUUAGUCCACGCCCUUUAAUCAAAACUAAAUUCUAAACACUAAAAUAAGCCGGGUAAAAUGUUACCCAUCAGUUAUUGGGUAAACUUUACCAAACUUUUUGCAGAGCGUACUGUGUCUUGAACUUUUCAGACAUUUAGAUAUUCUACUCAACAAAUGGAUAGCUGUUUAGAGGUGGUUACAUUCCGAAUACAUAAUUUGGGGUUUCUUUUGUACGCAGAAAACCUAAAUUUUGUA